ACCACACUAGCGCGCUAGGAAGAGAGGAGCGGAAAGAGAUCUCUCGCGCAUGUGUGGAACUGGAGGGAAGGAUUCCAAGACAAGAGGCCCACCCCGCAGCGCAAGUUUUCUGAAACGUUUGGAAUCGAAGCCUCUUAAAAUGGCAGAUGAUUUGGACUUCGAGACAGGAGAUGCAGGGGCCUCAGCCACCUUCCCAAUGCAGUGCUCAGCAUUACGUAAGAAUGGCUUUGUGGUGCUCAAAGGCCGGCCAUGUAAGAUCGUCGAGAUGUCUACUUCGAAGACUGGCAAGCACGGCCACGCCAAGGUUCACCUGGUUGGUAUUGACAUCUUUACUGGGAAGAAAUAUGAAGAUAUCUGCCCGUCAACUCAUAAUAUGGAUGUCCCCAAUAUCAAAAGGAAUGACUUCCAGCUGAUUGGCAUCCAGGAUGGGUACCUAUCACUGCUCCAGGACAGUGGGGAGGUGCGAGAGGACCUCCGUCUGCCUGAGGGAGACCUUGGCAAGGAGAUUGAGCAGAAGUAUGACUGUGGAGAAGAGAUCCUGAUCACGGUGCUGUCUGCCAUGACAGAGGAGGCAGCUGUUGCAAUCAAGGCCAUGGCAAAAUAACUGGCUCCCAGGGUGGCGGUGGUAGCAGCAGUGAUCCUCCGAGUCUGCAGAGGCCCCCUCCCCCAGCCUGGCCCGGCUCUGGCCUGGCCCUAGGCUGGACUCAUACACAAUUUAUUUGAUGUUUUAUUUUGGUUUCCCCCACCCCCUCAAUCUGUCGGGGAGCCCCUGCCCUUCACCCAGCUCCCUUGGCCAGGAGUGAGUAAGCCAUGGCCUUGGUGAAGCUGCCCGCCUCUUCUCCCCUCGCACUACAGCCCUGGUGGGGGAGAGGAGGUGGGUGCUGCUUGUGGUUUAGUUUUUUUUUUUUUUUUUUUUUUUUUUUAUUCAAUCUGGAAUCAGAAAGCUGUGGAUUCUGGUAAAUGGUCUUGUGCCCUUCCCUACUCAUCGCUGGUCUGGUCCCUUAUUUCCCAUAGCCCUUUACCCCAAGUACCACCCCCACAGACUGGGGACCAGCCCCCUCCCCUAUUUCUCUCCCAAACCCCCUUAGAUGGGGAGGGAAGAGGAGGAGAAGGGAGGGGACCUGUCCCCUCCUCAGGCAUCUGGGAGGGCCCUGCCCCCAUGGGCUUUACCCUUUCCUGCGGGCUCUCUCCCCGACAAAUUUGUUAAAAUCAAACCUCAAUAAAACUACAAGUUUAAUAUGAA